UUUGGUAGGCGCUGGCAGCUCCGGGGUGUGUUUUUGAUGAACAGCGCCUCUUCGUGGACAAAAGGACCCCAAACUAUCAGAAUCAAAGAAAUUAUAUCAGAGGUUUUUCAACAAUGUUGAGUCACACGACGCAUAGACCAAAGUGUGCAAUGAUAAGUAUUUCGCUUACGUAGCUUAUGUCGCUCACAGGCUCCUUAUUUUGACGUUAGCUGCAGAGGAUGUGAUGUUGGGUUGCUAGCAGAGACAGCUAGCUAGCUGACACAGCAGCAGCAGCAGCAUGAAGUGAGUGGGUUAAAUCAUCAUUUUCUUAUUUUAGAGUCCAUGCUAGGCGCCCGAGCAGUUGCGGCGGGCUUCCCUUUAAUAUCUGUGGCCAAAACGAUGACCUCUGUGGGAGUGACGACCCCCUCCAAGCCUCGGGGGCUGCAUGCGUCUGCCAGCCGGGAUGCGCGCGCUGGGAGCCCGCAGCAGAGGCUCCAGAAGCUGCUCGCGGUGCCUGGAUGCGACCCGAGCCGAGUUAACGACCUGCUGCUGCUCCGGCCUGAUUCUGACGACCAGACUGCUUCAGAACCGAAGGAGAAGGGCAGUAACAGGCACGUUGUGUUUUUCCACGGGGAUAUUCAGAACUUCCAGGAGGAGAUGGCCCUGCAGCCCGAGGGAGCCCAGUGGCUGUGCUGGAGUCUGGAGCAGGUGGCCCUCACCCUGGGCCGACGUUUCCCUGGCCGACAUGUUUGGGUGGUCAGAGCUUCUCGCAUGUAUCUCCACAAGUUCAGCUGCUACCACAACUUUGUGGAGAGCAACAUGUUCGGGGCACCGGAGCACUCGCCGUACUCACCUGAAUUUGGAGCGUUUCGCCACCUCAGGGCCCUGCUGAGCCAUGGCAUGGAGCGAGCCAACCUACCAACGCCCCUCCAGCCACAAGGAGGCGCUGACAGCAUCCCCUCAGGGUUCUCACUGACGUUGGUGGGCUUCAGCAAGGGCUGCGUGGUGCUGAACCAGAUGGUGUACGAGCUGGCCGGGGCCCGCGCCGACCCUCAGAUGAGGCACUUUGUUAAACGCAUCUCGGACAUGUACUGGCUGGACGGCGGGCACCCAGGAGGCAGUGAGACCUGGGUGACGGGCAAGCAGGUGUUGAAGGAACUUGCUUCCAGUGGGGUGUCGAUUCAUGCCCACGUGACCCCUUAUGAGGUGUGUGACCCGAUGCGGGCCUGGGUGGGCCGCGAGCAUGGACACUUCAUUAAGACCCUGGAGGAGUAUGGGGCCAGCCCAACUAAGAAGCUGCACUUUAAGGAUGAGCCCCCUUCCAUUGAGAACCACUUCAGGGUCAUCCAGGAGUUUUGAGAUUAGUGGUGAGCUGAACGUCGCUGAGCGCUUUAGAUUAUUUAUUACGAAUACAGAUUGAGUGUCUUAUUCGCUGGUCCUGCCUCGUUUGUCUGUGAUUUAAUGGCUCUUGAGUUUUGAGCAUGUGACAGAUGCUGGUGUGUUGUACUUUCUACUGCUAAAUGCACUUGAUCCUAGUUUGAACGACCAGGGGCCUCUUCCCCUGCAGCUCCCAGUAGGAUUAUGCAGAUAUGAAAAUGAUCUUGCUUUAGUCUUGAAGAGAAAUGUGACCUUUUCCAUUAGAUUGUGGCUCAGGCCUUGAAUUGCUGCAGAAUGGUUCAUGUCGUUUCAGCUGGAUUUUGCUAAUGAGUUGUAUAAUUUAAGGUGUAUAAUGUAAUUAUGACAAAUUUGAUUUUAAACUUAACGUAUGUUUGGCUGAAGCAGGACAGCUUAUUCCAUUCUCUUUAUCCGUGCCCUUGUGUUGAGCUAUUUUUGACCCAUGAAUGUCUGAAUGUCUGAACUUCAACUGGUUCAGUCUCCAUCAGUCGGUCUCUCAGUAGUGAUUCUUGAUUGUGUCCAAACGUGUGUCCCCUGAAUUAAGCCACGUACUUUGUCAGAAAGUAAAACAAUGGUUCUGUUGUCAUUCCUUCAAUUUGAUCCCAACAGCGGACUGUCCACCAAUAAUGUGUGCACUCCUACAGUUUAGACCCCAGUCCCACCUCAGGGUCCAUUUAACAGCUGGAGCUUUCGAUCAUAUCACAUGGUCUUUUUUGGCAAAUUGCGCUGAGAUGCUUUAAACUCCACCUGCUGAUGACCUUGAGGUGAGAUUUUGUCCCCUGCUCUUUUCAAGUUUAAAAAUGGACAUUUAAACUCAGUAGUAUUGUAACCAGAACAUUCUUUGAAACUUUUUUCUGCUAUGACUUACUCAUAUAAACCUUUCUUGUUAUCACUUUUUCUAAAUAUUACCUGGGCCCUGUUUCAGAAAGCAGGUUCAACAAACUCUGAGUGUAAAUCUAUACUCUGGGUUGACGAACUCUGAGCUGUCAAACUCUGAGUUUUACGUUUCAGAAAGGCCGAUCAGAAUAAGUUCAGUCAACUCUGAGUAUGUUGAGCCUGAUGGAAGCGCGUGCGUGGGGAUGGGGGGAAAAAAACAUCAUCAAUGGAGCUCCGAUACUACUAUUCACCAUGGCAACGGGUAAAUAAAGGCAGAGCCUCCAUUUUAAUCGGGUGGAGCUAGAAAUAUGAAUGCUGCCAACGCGGACCAUGAUAGGCUCAAAAACACAGGAUCGAUACAUUAACAAUAUUACAUUUUAUACAGCGCUGCUCAUUCAUCAUUUACCAGACUGGAAUUUCAUUAAUGAAUGAUAAAGUGCUGGAAUUCUCCUACAGCCUGUUAUUCAUUUAAAAUAGCUACAGGCCUGUUUAUUCAGCUGGAACUUGGGACUAAAUGCUGGUGGCAAUAACUGAAGAUGAAAUUAUUAAUCAAACAGAUCAGACACAGUUUAGGCUCUUCAUGGACCCGUGAUUGUAAAUUGACAGUCCAACUCAGUAGGCCUAUUAAUGUUUUUUGUAAUGUAAAAUGUUUCUAGGUUCAAACUGACUGAAGUUUUAGACGUCUAUGUUCCAUUAAUAAAAUCUUGCUCAUUUUGUAUUUUAUGAAAUGCU